AUGGCAGAAAAAAUGCUUUCACCAGAGGAAAUUGAAAAGCUUAGAAUAAAAGAAGAGAAAAAAGCAGCUGCUGUCGCUGCCAACGCUGCAAAGGCUGCAGCUGGAGGUGAUAAGAAAAAGAAAGAGAAGUUCACCCUCAAAACACCAAAAGGAACACAGGAUUACAGUCCAGAGCAAAUGACCAUUCGUGAGGAACUCUUUGACACUCUAAAGACUUGUUUCAAGAGACACGGUGCCGUUACAAUCGAAACACCUGUAUUCGAAUUAAAGGAAACAUUAACAGGAAAAUAUGGUGAAGAUUCAAAAUUGAUCUACGAUUUACAAGAUCAAGGUGGUGAGAUCUGUUCGUUGCGUUACGAUCUGACAGUACCAUUUGCACGUUACGUCGCUAUGAAUCGUAUUAGAAACAUUAAGAGAUAUCAUAUCGCAAGAGUAUAUCGUCGUGACAAUCCGGUUAUGACUAAAGGACGUUUCCGUGAGUUCUACCAAUGUGACUUUGAUAUUGCUGGAGAGUACGACUUGAUGAUUCCCGAUGCCGAGUGCAUCAAGUUGAUCUGUGAGAUUCUCGAUCAGAUCAAGGUUGGAAACUACUUGAUCAAGUUGAAUCACCGUCGUUUGCUCGAUGCUAUCUUUGCUAUCUGCGGUGUCCCCGAAGACAAGUUCAGAAGUAUCUGCUCGGCAGUCGACAAACUCGACAAGUCGCCAUGGGACGAAGUCAGAAAGGAGAUGGUCGAUGUCAAACACCUCGAUCCGGCCGUUGCCGAUAAGAUAAAGACAUUCGUCGAGAUGAAUGGAAAGCCAUUCGAGAUGUUGGAGCGCAUUCGUAAGUCGGGACUGUGCGAUUCGAACCAAGACGCGCUCGCCGUCCUCAAGGAGCUCGACACGCUCUUUGGCUACCUCAGAUGUCUGGGUGUCGCCGACAAGGUGUCGUUCGAUCUCUCGUUGGCCAGAGGUUUGGACUACUACACCGGAAUCAUCUACGAGGCUGUAGUCACCGACUCUGACCGUGGAUCGAUUGCCGCCGGUGGCAGAUACGACGGUCUCGUCGGAAUGUACGGAAGUUUGCAAGUUCCAUCCGUUGGAUUCUCGAUUGGUAUCGAGAGAAUCUUUUCGAUUCUCGAGGAGGAAGCAUUGAAGAACAAGAAAAAGAUCAGACAAAACGCUACACAAGCAUACGUUGUACAGCUCGACAAGGAGGGUGACAUGGAGGAGAGAUUGAAGAUUUGCAACGACCUCUGGAAUGCCGGAAUCAACGCAGAGUUCACCUACAGAAGCACACCAAACUCACGUAAGCAAUUCGAUGCCGCCAGAGACUUACAAGUACCCAUUGCCAUUAUGUUUGGAUCGAGCGAGAUCGAAACACAAGCACUCAAGAUAAAGGUCAUCGAAACCAGCGAGGAGUUUAUCAUCCCAAGAGAAGGAUUCACCGAUAAAGUCAAAGAAAUUUUAAAAGAACUUGAAAGUAAACCAGUUCUUUCAGUUCCAACCACCACAACUACUACAACCACUGAUGUCAAAACCAAUGCUUAA